GAAACCAAAGACGGAUAAACACUUGAUGUUUAAUGUCAUGGCAUCCCAGCGACUGAUUUUAAUCUCCAUGGUGUGGUUUCUAAUGCAAGCAGCUCCAUGCAGUGCCUUCACAGUGAAUUGCUCUGAGCCAAACCAACCUGCCCUUCUGAAGGCUCUGACUCCACUCUUUAACCUGAGCUCCAUACGACCUGUCAUGAACACAUCAACAUGUACCAACGUCAACAUUUCCUUGGCCAUUUAUGGAAUAUUAGGAGUGGUAAGUUUACAUCUAAAAAAAAACAAGAAAUCUCGAUGAGGAGUUUAGGUGUAUAAUAUAUUUUAUAUUAAUUCUUCUAAGGAUCCAUGUGUUGAAAUUGUUACUCUUGUCUUCCAGGAUGAAAAGUCUCAACUCUUGAUGUCAUACAUUUGGCUAUAUUAUAGGUGGAUGAAUGAGUUUGUCAGCUGGGAUCCAACCCAGUGCGGCUCAGACAGGAUUCUUCUCCCCAGAAACAAAUUUUGGGUGCCAGAUAUUGUGAUCAAUGAACUUAUGGAAGAUAACUCGGCCCCUGAGGUUCCAUAUGUGUACUUAUAUAGCAAUGGUUUGAUGUUGUAUUCUCUACCGGCCAAAGCUGUGAGCUCCUGUAACCUUGAUAUUUAUACCUUCCCAUUUGACGUACAGAAUUGCACUUUCACUUUCAACUCCUUCCUCCUCGUAGCGACAGAAUUAAAGGUUUUCCUGGACCAAUCUGUAGAGUUCAUGACAGAACGCUCCAAAAAUAUAAUAACCACAAUGGGAGAAUGGGAGCUGCUGGACAUCACUGCCGCGCAAAAGCAUGGGAAGUAUUACACCGAUGAUCUUCGAUGCUCUAAAUACACCCAAAUGGCAUUUUAUACUCAGAUUGUAAGACGCAGAGCCACACUCUAUGUUGUGAAUCUGCUGAUUCCCAGCAUCUUCCUCAUCACCAUUGACCUCUUCAGUUUCCUGCUGCCUCCACAAAGUGUGGACAGGUCCUCCUUCAAGAUGACCCUCAUCCUGGGCUACACCGUCUUCCUGCUCAUCAUGAACGACCUGCUGCCCACAACUGGACACGCUGUACCUCUCCUAAAUGUGUUCUUCUCUCUCUGCCUGGCUCUGAUGGUUGCCAGUCUACUGGAGACAAUCCUCAUCACCAACCUGCUGUGCGGCUCUGUCAAAGUCUCUCCAGUUCCUCACUGGAUCCAAGUGCUUGUUCUUCAGAUUUUAGGUUUUCUUGUUUUCCUGCCACACAAAGCUAAACAUUCAGACAUGGAGCAAAGUGUUGCAGUGAUAAAGCUUGACACUGUUGAGCGACGUCCACACGAGAAGGGGCCAGUGGUGGAGAACAGGGUCGUGCAGGAGCUGAGAAGCCUGGCCAGGGACCUCCGGGCUCUCCGCCUCCAGGUAGAGCAGAAGCAGCUUGAUGGAAGCCAAAGCUCGGAGGAUUGGAUCCAGGUGGGUUUAAUCAUAGACCGCCUGCUGUUCGGCAUCUACAUCCUCUUCAUAUCAGUCAGCUUCAUUACCAUCACCAUUGUCUGGCAUAACUCAUACAGUCAGUAAACAACUGCUUUGUGUUUUAAAAAGGUUCCAUUCAUGUGAAUAGUGACCUGAUAGUGACUCAAAUGUUUCAGUUAUGACCAAUGUCAUUUUGCUUUCUUGGAGAAACAUUGCUGUAGCACAUAUGGUUUAUUCUACACUUCUACAAUGUA